CGGUCUCCAUUGCGCUCCUCCUCGCUCUACACAAUUGAUCCCAAAUUUGGUUUCAAAGAGAGCAAUGGUUUUUUUAUCGAAUGGGAUUCAGCAAAACGGCAACGUUUAGUGGAUGGUUGCUUAUCUUGAUCGGUUCCGUUUCUUUUGUGGGAUUUCUAUCUGCGGCAGUAAUAUCAAAGCUUCUUCCAUUAUCGGACAGUCCUAUCAUCUCUGCUAUUCAAAACGACAGGUAUUACUGCUUCUUGGUACCCUUGACACUUCCUAUCCUGAUCAUUGCUGUGUAUUCUCAUUGGCUAAGCAUGAAGCUGUUCAAACAUGCAUAAGACUCCCAUCAAGCAAUGAAAGCUCUGGGCUGAAUAGUUAAGGUUAUUCCACGUGGCUGCCGGCAGAAAAUCAAUUUUUGAAGGUUUGAAUCACAAAUAAGCUCAGCAAAGGAGUCCCGCUUCUCCUGCCCUUCAAGAAUUCAACGCCAGCCAGUGACCAAAGAAACAAGAAGAGAUGCAGCAGAGAAAAGCCGGGAGGCCAUCUGGAACCGACGGUUCUGAUUUCUCCUACCGCAUGGUGGUUGAUUCACGUUACACAAAGGUUGCUAAAGGGAAGUCUCGUCUCAAAGCUCUAAUCUUUAUUCAGGGUAUCUUUCAAUUGAUAGAAUUAUUAUAUGUGGUUUUACCAAUCUCAAAGGGGAAGGAUCCAAACAUACUUGCUGUUUCAUCUUCUGUCAUUGGGUUGAUUUCUCUUCUAAUUGGGGAAUUAGGCCGAAGGCGCAGCCGAGCAGGUUUCUUGAGAUUUUACCUGGCCAUGUCAACUAUCGCAGUGCUUCUAUCUAUAUUUUGUGCUGUUAGUAGCAGUUCAACAUUAGAGGUUAUUCAGAAUCCAGCUGAAUGGGAAACACAAAAGUUUGAACUUAUUGAGACUUCUGUUCUUUUACUCGGAUUGCUGGUGCAGAUGUUCACGAUCGGCACUGUAAUUUCCCUCAUCAGUAACAUGUCUCCUCCAAAGAAAGCUUCUUAACAAUGUCCUGUAACUUCAUAACCACUGCCCAUGUCCAUGGUUGAUAGAGCAAAAUCGGACUGACUACAUUGUUUCAGUUUGGUUUGUAUCUUUUUGUGCAUCAGAAAAUUUAUAGUUAAACGAGGAGAGUUUUGGAUUAAUGCCGGACAAGAGAUCUUUGAUUAUAAAUCUGAGUUGAUGACGCAUUCAUUAUUUUAUGUUUCAGAUAUGCCAGGGAUUGGCAAGUAACGACUGGUUAAUUGAAGGAUAAAUACAAAUUUUUUUAUGCUGCUGCAGUCAGAUUGACUGGGAAAA